AAGGAAAUGCCUGAUACUUGUUCGUACCCGCCUACAUAUCAAAGCAUGAGAGUGUGUCAUCGUGAACGGACUCCAAGAGGGUUCCGCUUCGGGGCACCUCCAAUGAGGACACGUGAGGCUCGCUAUGUCGAAGCACAGAUGAGGGACCGUGCAUUGCCACUCAUGCAACAUAUGACGAGCAUUCCCGAGAGCCCGUCCCCUCCAAGAACAAAGAAAGCGCCCGCUAGAGAUGACAACGAGCUCAUCGAGAGCUGCCGGGGCACACCCCUCCACGACAUGUACCUUCAGGCUGAACAACUACUCUCGGGGUUGGAGGAAACUCCUGAUGAACAAUCGUUGUCUAAGAAGAAGGCAUUGACUCAGCUGGUUGAAGCUGGUGCAUCGGAGCUCGUGAGGCGUGCGAAGUUCGAUGGAGAGACUAUACGGCAGAAGGAGUCAGCCGAAAAACGUAAGGUCCGAGAGGCCAGGAGACGAGCUAGAGAGGAAUGCCUAAUGGGAUGGAGCGUUAUGCAUGGCGAUUCGAGCAUCCCCUACACUAACACUUCCCGUGCCCCCAGUGCCUGCCCUCGUCCUCAAAUACGACGGUCUACACGUCGUCAGAGAGCUCGAGAGGCUGCCUAACUAUUGCCGGAAGGCAAGUGCUCAUUCGAUUGUCUACCUAUAGAGAAUUCCGUAAAGGGAGCUUACUGCUCUACGAGCAGUAUAUUAUUUCAUCCAUAGUCUAUAACCCCGUCUAUACAAUAUACAUCGCCAUGUAUCA